AUGAAGUACCUCCUUGACUUCCUCUCGAGCGUACCUGACGCCCCAACGGUCCAAGAUGGGGCGUUCCAGCAGCUUAUCGUCGACGUGCACGCCGGCAAGUCACGCUCGAACGAUCAAUUCUACGAGAGUCUCGAGAAGAUCGUCAAUGAGCUUAGGAGCUCCCCUGAAGCGGCCAUCUUCCUCAAACCAGUCUCUAAGAAGGAUGCACCUGACUAUGCCGACGUCAUCAAGCACCCUAUGGACCUCUCGACGGUACUCCGGAAUGUCAAGGCGCAGAAGUAUAAGAACAAGGCAUCGUUCGAGCGAGAUUUGGACCUCAUAUGGGAGAACUGUCUUAUCUACAACGCCAUGGAGGGACACCCCCUCCGGGCCACAGCGAGAUAUAUGCGCCAGAAAGCGGAACAUCACCUCGAGUACCUCCAGGACAGGAUGGACCGCCGAGCGGGGUCUGUGCUACACAUACCGGGUAUAGCGGGGUCGCCGGCGCCUUCGCCGUCAAUGCGGAAUGGGCCGAAUGGUGCGAUGAGAGCGGAUGGCCCCGGCGCGAAUGGGAUGGACGAGGAUGAGGACGCACCAGGAGAAGAGGAGGAUGGGGAUGUGGUCAUGAUGAACGGGGAUGGGAUCAGACAGAAUGGGGACUCUGCUGCAAGCAGAGCUGCUAGUGCCGCACCGCGCCCAAACGGAGUACCUGCUAUGCCAUUCCGGGAUGAUCGCCCCAACCUCACCCCAAACCUCGACUCCUACCCCGCACUCGUCCGUACUCCCUUCAGCAUGACACAUUUCACAUCUUCGCCGUCCAGCCAACCCGGAUCCUCAUACGCUGAAAAAGGAAAAGCGAAGGAGAGCAUAUCUACCCUCUCCCCACCUGCUUGGUAUCCUGCCCAAGAGGACGGCGAAGGGAAAGCCGAGGGAGGCUGGUGGACCGCCUUCGGACGGGAUGAGGCAUAUACUGCUGGACUGCCGGCCAUGGCUCUGGUGCCCCGACCAGUCUCUCGGCCACAGAAGCGAAUACCGCGGAGACAUCGGACACCCGGUGAGGCGAAGAAUGGGUCCACUUCGGCUUCAGCACAAACCAACGGAAAUGGGGCUCCACCGCAAGUCAACGGCCAUACCCAUACAUCCCCGCCAAAACGAACCGUGAACCUCGAAACCAUCGUCCAUCGAACAGUCGACGAACUCCAUACAUCCCGCUCGAUCAUCAAUUCGAUAUAUGACUGGCAGCGCCUCGAAGCGGAAGGUGGGGCUAUACCGCCCAUCAAGCGCUUUGACCGGGAGAAGGAGAUCCGCAGGGAAGAGGAGGCGGAGAGGAAGCGGGUGAAUAGGGAAGAAGGGGCCGAGGCUAGUAAGCGGAGGAAAUUGGGUGGGGAGGUCGGAGAGAGACAGGCGGCUUUGGGUGCCAAGAGGGCUACGGCGGGGAUGCUGGCUCAUGCGGGAUUUGAUGGCGCGAAUGAGGCCGCAUUAGAUCUCUUCACUAAGAUGGCGACGGAACAUAUGCGGAAUAUGGGCCGGACGUUCCGGCUAUUACUGGAUGGGUUCUCGGGGCAGAUGUCGCCUGAGGCGAGUUGUCUUCUGGGGCCGAAAGCAAGGGAAAGGCCUAAGCUGAUGAAACAGGAAAUCAUGCUUCAUGCUUUAUUCGAGAAUGGGCUGGUCAGGCCUCACGACCUCGAAUCGCACAUCAAGGAUGAAAUUGAGCGGGAAGGAGCAAAGGUGGCGGAGAUGACGCGGAAGGUCAAGCAGGCGUAUAACGAAGUGACUACCGCACCUGUCAUUGAGGACGAUAUGAUGUUUGCGGACAGCGGGGAGAUGCUCACUGAUGGGAACUUCGCAGAUGAGCUGGGCGAAGACUUCCUGGGUUUGCGAGACCUAGGCGUGGCUCGAGAACACGGUAUGACAAACCUCACCAUCCCCGCCAAUCUCUUCUAUGGUCGAAAGAAACGGAUGGCCGAUACUGCCGCUGCUGGCAAGUCAGACGCUCUGGACUACGCUCUUCCCCCACCCUUUAUCCCACUCAACGCUACUACCUACACUACUCAACUUCCCGCUCUCCUCCACGCCUUCUUUGCGGCGCGUAUCGAGGCUGGGCUGGGUCUGGACGACGAUCCCGCCUUUGAUGCUCCUCACUCUAUCAUCGGGAGUCUGGGGCAAGUCAAUGUGAAACCUCCAGCGACAACGGGCGCGGCCAAGAAGAAAGCGGUCCCGCCUGCCGCAGCGGCUGCGUCGGUGGCGGUGGAUAAGAAGGCGCCGGUAAAGAAGCCAUCCAGUAUACAGGGGAUCGGGAAGGGCAACUGGAUCCGUCCUAAAAAGGCCGCGACGGCCGGCAAGAAUGGCCCUGCUUUCGUCAUAAACGGCUCGACAGCGGGUAGUGCGAACGGCGUAGGAGAAGAGGAGGACGCGGAGGGGGAAGAAGAGUAG